UCCAGAAUGGCUAUUCUAGCCAAAAAUGCGGCCAAGGGUCCCUUCCAGUUAGUUACGGUGGUAAACAGCAAAGAUCAAUAUAAUCUUUUAGAGGACCCCUCCAUCCCAAAACCAGAUCUGGACGCUGAAAUUCACGCCAUAUUUCAGAAGAGUAAUUGGAAAGGCGUCAACGAUAUUCUCUUCCUUAACCUACAACCAUCUCUUCGACUUGCCUCUAUGUUUCUUCGAAAUGAAUCCUUUCUCGAAUGGUUGGUAGCGCCGCUGGUCGGACGUAUGCUAACUGACAUACAGUCUGGAAAGACCUACUUGUCAGACCCGCUGCGGAACAGAACAGGUACUGAAAGGAAUGGUCUUGUUCAAGAGGUCCGGAUGGCGCUACACUGUCUGGCUCACAGUACCCAUUUCCAUUUCGAGGCCCCUACACAAUCGAAGUUUUAUGGUCGAACAAUGAUACACCGCACGCAGCCCCUUCACACAUCUGUUUGUACCUCUAGGUUUAUCCGCAAUAACCUCGGGAUCAAAAUUGAGAUACGCUUGGAAUAUCAAAGAUUUCUUGAGAAUAGCUACACAUCUAGUACUCUUUGCCAGAGGCUCCGUCAUGAUUUCUCCCUUGCUACUACUUUAGUCCACGAGCUCGUUCAUGCAAUCGGAAUUAUGCGUCGCGGCGACCUUAAGGAGCCCCACCUCAGGCUCGAUGAGCCGGAAAAUUCUGAGCUUGGGAAUGCGUUCGAGAAUUUCUUCUUCGGGGCCAUUAUCAAUCCCGCCGACAAGGCCUCUGAUGCCCCAUCGUUCCUGAUGGGGAAACCCUGGGCCGACGACAAAACGACCGACGCGGCGGGAGGUAAGGAGUGGGUUACGAUUCCUAUGUCAUACGUUGCUCAGUGGUUUCGAAAGGAUACUUGGGAUAUCAUCAAGAAGGAUGGACCCACUGCAAUUCCUCCUCCGUCUGUAAGGCUGAAAGUCCAA